UCUGCUAAAGACGCAGAGCCACCCUCUAAGGCAUUUAUACAAAUUUUUAUUGGUUUCCAGAUUGAACGAACUUGUCGGCAAGUGAUAAAAAAGCCAUCACCGUGUAACAAAUUAAAAAUUUCUAUAUCUGUAAAUGACCCAGGAU